AUGAAGCUAAGCGAGUCAAGAGGCGAAGCAGAGAAGAAGCACAUACGAGAACAGCAUUUCGAACACGAGCUUAAGAACAUGAUCUCGUCGUUAACCUACAAGGGAGCAGAGAAGGCAGGACCGAGCCAAUACAGACAAGGGGAGAAGGAGGAGGAUGAGGAUGGGAUCAGAGUCAUCACGCUUUCUGGAUCCAACGUAGGAGCCACCAUGAAAACCGAGCUUGACAACAAUCAUGGAGACAGGAAAGGUGACCAUGAGCUUGAAUUCUCGAGUACCUAUGUUAAUAGCAACUUUCAAGCUGUGAACAACUCGAUAAUGAUAGGAGCCAAUUACGAGACUCAUGAUCCAGGUGUUCAUCUUGACAUCUCAGGCGAUGUGGAGGAGAAACCUUCGACGGAGGCACCUGCGAGGGGGACAAGGGGAAAGAAGGGAAAAGCUUCUGUUAGAAGUGAUCGUCGCGAUUCUGAACAUACAGAAUGA